ACCAGAUCUACUGGAGGGAUUUGACUGAAUCAAGAUGCUGCUGAUCAUUGAAGCUCUUCUCAUUUCUGCUGUUCUAGGACAGGAUCACAGAACUGAUGAUGAUGAAGAACAGAUAUUUCCAUUGGAUAUGGAAGAGAAUUCAGUCGAUGACGUUUUUGUUGGUUGCAAAAUGAACAUGUCAGACCAGGUGAAGACAGAAUUGUUAGAGAAGGAACUCAAUAACUCGCCUAUAUUUAAAACAGUUUGGCAGAGGAGUAAAGAGAAUGCCACGAUCCCCGUUUAUGAUAACUUGACAUUGAAUCAUUCAGUAGCCAUUUAUGUGUACACUAACUCGCAUUUUGAUUUGCAUCAGGAUUUCAAUAAUGCUGUUAGUGCUGAUAAACAAAAAUAUGAAAACAAGAUAUUUACAUGGUAUUCACUUUACUUUUUGCUAGCAGAAGCAAUACAGAUACUAAAGGAAGUGCAAAAUGUAUGCAAAUUAACCUAUCGGGGUACAGAUGUUGAAUUUGAUAAUAAUGUUCUGAACAAAGAGGUUCGUUUUGGCCGAUUUGCUUCAUCCUCUCUCGAUCGUACUGUAGCAACGCUAUUUGGAAAUAAGUCUUGUUUUGAAAUCAAAACUUGUGAAGGUGCAGAUGUGAAAUACUACUCUACUUUUCCUGAGGAGGAAGAGGUGCUGAUUCCUCCAUAUGAGAAGUUUAAAGUCACUGAUAUCAUGAAAAUAGAAGAUCGUGCAGAUCUCUGGUGUGACACUGUGUACAAAUUGGAAAGCACUGGAAUAAGAAGUGACCUGAACUGUGCUUUCUUCAGGAAUCAAGCGGAGACAAGUCAAACAUCAGCAUUUAACAAUAAUGCAUUUUGCAGAUGCUUUCAGCGAAAGCUACGUACAUUGCAUUCAAGGUAUAGAAUAAAUCAGUCAGUACAGUUUUUAGGAAAACUACAAGGUUGCUUUUCGCAACAUCAGCUGCGGAGACACAGAGUCUAUCCCACCGGCCGAGAAAUUCACUCAGAUACUCACUCAUGGCCCUAUCCACUGAGGGGUCAUCGACACGACCCCACCGACCCCGAUAUUCACUCAGCAAACCAAUUGAAUCAGAGAUGGCUCUGCUAUCGGUCAUUACAUUCUCUGAGAAUCGACCAUAAAAUCCUGGCUUUACUAAAGCCUUGCUGUCGAGUCUGA